AUGAGCGCUAACGAUGUUCAAAACCCUCCAGUGGAAGACGACGAGGUCCCAACCCUCGAAGCUGCUGACACUCAACAGGCUUCCAAGCCAUCCAAGCGCUACGCAAAGGCUAUGGCCAAGAUGGGUUUGAAACCUGAGCCAAACAUCUCUAAGGUACACAUUCGCAAACGUGCGGCGCUCUCUUUUGUGGUGAACCAACCCGAGGUGUACCGCUUUCCAGGAACCAACACAUUCCUAAUCUUUGGUGAAGCUCAGCUUGGCGACACAACGAUGCAAACGCAGGAAGCCGCAGCUCGCGCGGUGUCUGGCGCCCUUGUGGAGGAGGUGGGAACUGCAGGAGAGGAAACCUCUGAGCUUGCUGGUGAAACUCCUGCAGCAGCUGCCCCAUCUGAGAGCAAACAGACUCCCGACGAUGUCGAGAUUGUGGAAGGCGAAUUCGACGAUAAGGAGAUUGCUGUGGUUAUGGCACAAGGCAAAACGGACCGCAUUGGAGCAAUCCGCGCCCUUCGGAACAACAAGGGAGAUAUCGUCAAUGCUAUCAUGGAACUGACGAUGGAUCCCAACUGA